AAUAAUACGAAAGACAAUUUCAUUCUCAAUUGUUUAUCACGUUCCUUUUCUCAUGGUAUCAGAGCCAUACGUUCUCUGAGACCUGCGCUUUUGCUGUGCGACGAAACAAAUGGGUGAGCCUAUCACCAAGACAACCAACGACGGAACUAUGGACGACGGCAACAAUUCUGUUCCUAAGCAAUAUAGGCGCAGAAUAAAUGAUCCGGCAUCCCCGUUUUAUUUACCGACCAAUGACAUCCCAGGCGUGAAUAUCUGCGGCAUAACACUUAAAGGGGACGGGAAUUAUCGGGAAUGGUCAACCGCCAUGCGCAAUGCCUUUAGAGCGAAGAGGAAGCUUCCUUUUCUUGACGGGACGAUUGAGAUACCGGCCGAUGAACACGGGCCGGACGACUGGCUGUGUGUGAACUCCAUGUUGGUUGGAUGGUUGAUGACGUCCAUCGAUGCCUCUCUACGAACGACCAUCGCUUACAUGGACUCUGCUCAUGAUCUAUGGGAGGAUCUCAAACUCCGCUUCGAGGUGGCUGAUGGCGUACGUUUUCACGAACUGAAAGAAGCCAUUCAAUCAUGCCGACAAGGAGACCAAACGGUGACGGAAUAUUUUGGCCGCCUGAGAAUGCUUUGGGAUGACUUUGAUGGGUAUCGUACGAUACCCAAGUGUAAGUGUGGAGGAUGCAAAUGUGAUUUGGAGAAACAAUUUCUGGAGGCAGUGGAGAAAGAAAAGGUGCAUGAAUUCUUGAUGGGUUUGAACGGUGCUACGUUUGGCGGACUUCGGUCUAACAUUCUUAGCGAAACCAAACUGCCAUCUCUCAGCCGAGUGUAUCAUAUGAUCAUACAAGAAGAGCGACACAAGAAUGUGACGAGGAUGCAUGACGCCAAAACCGAGGUUGCCGCCUUUGCCGUUCGGUUUGAUGACCGGAGGAAGCCCAACAAAGAAAAGAUGUUUUGCUCCUUUUGUAAAAAGGACGGACAUGAAAGAAAUAAUUGUUUUAAGCUAACCGGCGAGUAUCCCGAAUGGUGGUUCGCUAACAAAGAAGGGAAGGGACGUGGAAAGCCUCCUGGACCUAUGACUGGGCGUGACAAAAACGGUGGUGCAAAGGGAGCACGUGCGCAUGCUGUUUUGCAUGAAGAAGCGCCGGCAGAAGAAAUCAAAAAUGACAAACCGGAUUUUGCUUCCCUGGCAGAUCAAUGGGCAUCAUUCUUUGCAUUUAUGAACAAUUCCAAAAAGACAGGUGACUCGGUUGAAAAACUAUCAGUUAUUCUACCAAAUGGGGAGAAAACCGAGGCCACACAUAUAGGUGGUGUAUUUUUGGGACCGGAAUUGAAAUUAAAAGAUGUCCUCUACGUACCUAAACUUAUGUGUAAUCUUAUCUCGGUAGGAAAGCUUAUUGAACAAUUGUCAUGUCAUGUGCUAUUUAGUGACAGGUUUUGUGUGAUACAGGACCACACUUUGAAGACGCGGAUUGGAGUGGGUGAACGUCGGGGUGGGGUCUAUUAUUUGUGUGGAACUGGGAGCGCACGUGCUUCACAUGUGGGAAGCUUGGAUGAAAUUAAUUUGUGGCAUCAACGAUUGGGUCAUCCGUCCCUCAGAGUGGUUCGUUUGCUUCCGAUUUCGUUCAAGAAUUCUAGUUCUUUUAAUAAUACGAAUAAGACUUGUGAUGUUUGCAUGAAAGCCAAACAAACGAGAGACUCUUUCCCUAAUAGUUUAAAUCGUGCUUUAAAUAAAUUUGAGUUAAUUCACUGUGAU